UCCUUACUUCCCCAUAAAAUGCGAGCAUGUGGCAGCUCGUGCACAGUUAAUGUGGUCGGGCUCGUGAAGGGACAACAUUUCGACCUAUCAGAAUCACACAAAAUUACGAUAUAAAGGGUUAAAAUACAGAGGAGCCAGAGUUGUUAUGGUUUUCAUCUGAUCUCUGGUUGCCAGAUAAAAGGAGUUAAAUAUGACCAUAGUACUUCGGUUGCAGGGUCUGAAUAUUGAGGCCGGGACUGAAGACAUACGCAGAUUCUUUACCAAUUUGUACAUCCCAGAAGGUGGUGUAUAUAUUAUAGGAGGACACCUUAGUGAAGCGUUCAUUGUGUUCACUACAGAGAGAGAUGGCCAGCACGCAAUGAGGCGCUCUGGAACUCUUCUUAAAAAGUCUCCGGUGAGCCUACAUAUUAGUAGCAUCGCAGAACUGCAACGAAAAAUGGAGUCCAAACUACAGAGGGAGAAGCUCCUUCCAGCGCUGUUACCUGAGAAGAAACCUUUGCUGCCCCUGGCAGCACCCUUGCCCGACCCUGUCACAGCCCUACUGUUCGGCCUUGUUGCUGUUAUCCAAGGACUGCAGUCUAAUCAGCCAGGAGAGCACAGCAAAGCGACAGCAGCACCUGGUCCUGUGCUCAGGGCCGAUAGCCCAGCUGUCGGUUGUGUGCUCAGGGCCGAUAGCGCAACUGUCGGUCCUGUGCUCAGGGCUAAUAACACAGCUGUGCCUGGGGGUGAGCUAAGGAGACCAGAAGAGGCUUACAGGCCAAGGCCAGGCUACGUCAGGCUCUUUGGCCUGCCAGAGACUGUGACCAGCCAGGAGAUCUACCACUUCUUCAAAGGCCUGUUGGUCCAGGAUGUGAUAGCUAAUGUGAAGCUGGGCGUGAGACAGGGCUGCCUUGUAAAGUUUGGGCAUGCCCAGGACGCAUGUGAUGCCCUAAGCUUCAACCACCAGCAACUGGGCCGCAUCAGCGUGGAGGUCCGUGGGGCCUCUGAGGAGAUGUGGAGCUAUGCCAUCCAGCAGUGUCAGAACCCUUCAUAUGACCCCUUGGAAAGGCCCACAACCCAGAGAGAUAGAACCUCGUACAACCCCCAAGAAAUACCCUCGUAUACAAUCCAAAGAGAUGGACCCUCAUUAGAAUCCAAGGAAAUGCAGCACCAGGAAAGGGCAAGGCCCUCAUACAGAACCCAACGACAAAGCUUGUAUGAGCCUGACAGAGAAAUACACAGGACCUGGGCCAAGAGGCGCUCUGAGGACAGGUCGCGGUCAGCGAAGAGGCCCGGAUCCUGCGAGUCCCCGAGCAUGGAGUACUGUAUUAUGGCCAAAAAUCUAUCCAAAACAAUAACGAAGAAUGAGAUAAAAGAAUUGUUUGGCUGUCCGAACAUCGCCAACAGCAAAAUAUUACACUUACUGUAUAAGGAUAGCGAGAGGACAGAUACAACGUUUGUAAUAUUCGACCAAACGGAAGACUACGUUUAUGCUUUGAACCUCAAUGGCUGCCAUGUUGGUUCCCAGGCCAUAGACGUCUCAUCUGUCACCAUGGAGAAGCUGCAAGCCAUGUUGUCAACUGGGAGACACCAUGGCAACCCCAAGACAACACCAGCAGUUUCAGAGCGAAGCGAGCAGAAACAGAUUGAGAGACCCCGGGUGAGACCGUUUCCCACAGCACAGAUGUGUUUCCGUACAAAACCGCCAGUCAGACGUGACGAAAAUAAGAUAUUUUUUCUGCGGCCUUCCUCUGACUGAACAGUUUGUCUACAUUCUGCGUGAUCAAGAUGGCAUCGGUGAGGCUGUGGCUCAGUUUAAAACUGAGGAUUUUGCCACACAGGCCCAGAAACGACAUGGCAAGACAUAUAUGGGGACCAGCGUGCUGCUCACCUGUAUCAGCUUCCAGCAGAUGGAGGGCAUCUAGAAAAGGAAUGAGUGAGGAAAGACAACCUACUCCUCAUAUUUACAUUUGUCAUUUAGCAGUCACUCUACAAUAGUGAGUGCAUUCUUUUUUUCUACUGGUCCCCCGUGGGAAUUAAAACCCAAACCUUAGCGUUGCAAGCGCCAUGCUAUACCAACUGAGAAAUACUGGACAACUGUUGACCAGAGCCACAUGGGGAUCUGGUUGGAAGUAGUGGACUCUAUGGAGGAUAGGGUGUCAUCUGAGAUUGUCCCUAAAACUCUAAAGAUGGCACUUUAGGACUGAGCUCAUCACUGGAAUGAGCAUCCUUGGGGCGUAGUGGCUUCGAGAAGUGUUAACCCCAUACCCUCCAGUCAGGCAACAGUUACAUUUGGACAAGUCUAAACUGGAUAUGAGUCAAUAUCCAUUGUUAUUGAAUGAUUCCAACUUUAAUUUCAAGACCUCCCAUGGUAUAGAGACCCUUUAAUAUUUCUAUAAUACCAAUGGCGGCAAAUUGAUUUAAAUGCAUUUCAAACUGUGCAACAUUGUGACAAAUGUUUGAAAACCAGCAACAGUAUAUCAGGCAACAGGACAGCAUUUCAUUUCUCUUCUGACAUUCCUUAUUUCUUUUAUUGGAAUUUUCAUUCCAAAAAUUACUUAAUGAAACCAAUAUUUGUUUAUUUUUGUCACUAAUUAAAUGUUACCAAAGUGACCUGAUUUUGAUUCAAAAUCUUAUUAAACGGUUUUCAAUUAUGCCAAUUCACUGUUUAUGGUAGAUUUAAGGUCAACUUGAGAGCCAGCAACAUUUCUCACACAGCUGGAGAAGCAUAGAUGACACCACUGAGACAGUUUAUUUUCAGUUCCCUAUUUUGUUGGAUCAGAUAAAAUACAACUCAUAGAAUCCCCUGGGUGAUGCACAGUUCCAGUUUUACACCGAAGGAACAAUAUCCUCCACACGGCAUUUUGAGAGUACUCUAAAAUGGAUUGAAUACAUUUUGCCCCCCAAUCUACACACAAUAACCCAUAUGGACAAAGCGAAAACAGUUUAUUUUUUUUAUAAAUGUUUGCAAAUUUAUUACAAAUAAAAAGCAUACCUUAUUCACAAAUAUUCAGACCCUUUGCUAUUAGACUCAAUUGAGCUCUGGUGCAUCCUGUAUCCAUUGAUCAUCCUUGAUGUUUCUGCAACUUGUUUGUAGUCCACCUGUGGUAAAUUAAAUUGAUUGGACAUGAUUUGGCAUUCCAGUCUAUAUAAUGUCCCACAGUUGACAGUGCAUGUCAGAGCAAGAAGUUUGGAACCACCAAGACUUCCUAGAGCUGGCUGCAGUCAGGGCCUUGGUCAGGGAGGUGACCAAGAACCCGAUGGUCAUUGACAGAGCUCCAGUGUUCCUCUGUGGAGAACCUUCCAGACGGACAACCAUCUCGGCAGCACUCCACCAAUCAGGCCUUUACGGUAGAGGCCAGACGGAAGCCACCCAGUAAAGGCACAAGACAGCCCGCUUGGAGUUUGCUAAAAUGCACCUAAAAGACUUUCAGACCAUGAGGAACAAGAUUCUCUGGUCUGAUGAAACCAAGGUUGAACUCUUUGGCCUGAAUGCCAAGCGUCACAUCUGGAGAACCUGGCAACAUCCCUAUGGUGAAGUACAGUGGCAGCAUCAUGCUGUGGGGAUGUUUUUCAGUGGCAGGGAGACUAGUCAGGACCAAGGGAAAGACAAACGGAGCAAAGUACAGAGAGAUCCUUGAUGAAAACCUGCUCCAGAGUGCUCAGGACCUCAGACUGGGGCAAAGGUUCACUUUCAACAGAACAACCCUAAGCACACAGAACCCAGGAGUGGCUUCAGAACAAGUCUCAAUAUCCUGGAGUGGCACAGCCAGAGCCUGGACUUGAAUCCAAUCAAACAUCUCUGGAGAGACCUGAAAAUAGCUAUGCAGUGAUGCUCCCCAUCCAAUCUGACAGAGCUUGAAAGGAUCUGCAGAGAACAAGAGAAACUCCCUAACGACAGCUUGUAGCAUCUUUCUCAACUUGCCUACCUGGUUAAAUAAAGGUUAAAAAAAUAAAAAAAAUACAGAAGACAACUCGAGGCUGUAAUUGCUGGCAAUUGUGCAUCAACAAACUGAGUAAAGGUGUCACGGCUCCUCCUCUGCAGUGCAGGGGGCGGUUCCUCCUGCAGGCAGAGGAGGGUCGUUAAGUGAUUGGAGCCACCUGGGCUCAGGGUAUAAAACUGCUUACUAAUCACCUCUCUCUUGUCUUGCUCUCUCUCUCUCUCUGCUCCUCCAGGUAUGCUCAUGAUUUGUUUGUUCCUUUUUAGUUUUGCAUAGUUUUCACUCAGUCAUGUUCACACACACAUAUUCAUGCACCCAUGCACUUUACAUACACCUUACAUUAUGAUACAUCCACACCUCAUUCCUUUUUCUUAGUUUAAGUUCAUAGUUUGUUUAAUAAUAAAGAACACUUUUAAAUUGGCCUAUACCUGUUGUUCGUGUCCUCUCAUUUGUCACAGGCUAUGAGCCGGCUUGUGACAAGUGGGGGCUCGUCCGGGAUAGUAGUUAACUUGGGUUAGUUUAGUUCAGAUUGACAAUUUUUUUUGUUUGAGUGGAUGUUUUGGUUGGGCCAAAUUUUGUUUAAGAGAGAGUUGAGAGCCAUGUGUUCUUUUGGUUGAGUUAGCUUGGUAGCUAAGCAAUUCACUCUGUUUUUCUGGGUUUUGUUCAGGUGGGAGUCCUCUCCUGUUCAGGCAUAUCAGCAAGUGUCCAUAGGAGGCUUGUGGUGUUUUUGUUUUAGGUGGCAGUGAACGUGGGUAGAGCAUCCCUUUCCCUUUUCCCCUACAUCGGCUCGGGAGCACCUCCGUGGUUAUGGGAGGGCCGCCAGUUUCUGGUUGUCUUUUCCACUCCACUGGUUUUGUGUGCAUAAAACCCCACCACAUGUGACUGCACGAAGACCAGGGCCAGUUAGUUAGUAGUUUUGGAGGAUAGUGGGGUGUGGCUCCUGUCCUUGAACCCAGAUUGACAGCAGGUGAGUUGUGUUUUUUUGAGCAUUUGUAAUAGUUGUAUUGGUUGAGGAAAAUGUCUUCCAUUUUGUGUAGUUUUGUUCAAGCUCCUUCAGAGGUAGCCUUAGAGUUGUGUACUAAGGAGCAGUUAAUUGAAAUUGCUGAACAUUAUCAGAUUGAGAUUGUUGAUAAAAAAAUUAAAGAGACUGUUAAAACUAGCUUAAAGCAGGGUCUUAGGGAAAUGGGUGUUUUUGGCGGUCAGUCUGCUAGUAGUGAGGGUGCAAGUUUUCAGUCUAGCCCUUCAUUAACUUUUGAGCAGCAGAGGGAACUGUUGCAAAUGCAAUUAGAGCGACUGAGAAAUGGUAAUAGACCGGAAAGACUACCACAGUUUGAUGUUUCACAGAAUCUUCAUUUGUUGCCUAAAUUUGAUGAGUCAGAUCCAGACACAUACUUUACUUUAUUUGAGCGUAUUGCGGAAGCUAGAGCUUGGUCAGAUUUCGACAUGACUAUGUUUUUGCAAUGUGUACUUACAGGUAAAGCACGUCAGGCUUUUGCAGCACUGAGUGUAGCUGACAGUAAAGUUUAUGCUAAAGUUAAAUCAGCAGUUCUGAAGGUCUACGAGCUUGUGCCAGAGGCAUAUCGUCAACGUUUUCGUUACAGGAAAAAGUUAGAUUCACAAACCUAUUCUGAGUUUGUUUGUGACUUGACUUCUGCAUUUAAUCGUUGGUGUACAGCUUCUGAAGUUAGUACUUUUGAGGGUCUGUCUAAUUUCAUUGUGUUAGAACAGUUCAAAAAUUCUGUGUCUGACCAGGUUGCUACAUACAUGAAUGAACGUAAAGUUAAGUCUCCAAGUGAUGCAGCAAUCCUUGCAGAUGAGUACAGGCUAACACAUAAAAGCCAUUUUGAGUCAAACAGUGACAUGUACCAUGAAAAUAACUUUACUCCUAGGAGUAGUAGGUCACCUUUUUGGGGGGCUUCUUUCCAAAGGCCUCAGCAGAAGUUUGGGUCUGGAGGACUUAAAGCACCGGUUAAUGCUAAUACCUGUCGCUACUGUUUAGUUGAAGGACAUUGGAAGAAAGAUUGUCCUCGGCUUCAUUCAAAACAGUCAGGUCAAGUUAAACCUGCUAUGAUGGCAGCUCCUGUUACAGCCUCUGACCACCAGGGUGAGCUGUUUCAGCCACUAGUUGAGUUUGAUUCUCAGUCUUCCCGCUGUGAUUUUUCAGCCUUUAUUUCAGAUGGUGUAGUGUCCCUGGUAGAUGGCAACCAGAAUGUUAAAAUCAAGAUCCUAAGAGACACUGGAGCUUUAGAUUCUUUUAUUCUGGAAUCUGUUUUGCCGUUCUCUAAAGAGUCUGAUACUGGCCGUUGUGUAAUGGUAUGUGGUAUGGGUUUAGUUCCAUUCUCUUGUCCUUUACAUGAAGUUACCCUAAAAUGUGGUCUGGUAGAGGGUGAUGUAGAUGUUGGGGUUAGACCUCAGUUGCCAGUAGAGGGAGUGCACAUGAUUUUGGGGAAUGACUUGGCAGGUAGUAAGGUGUGGGCAGAUGGCAAAUUAAACAUCUGUAAGAAGCAACCUUCAGUGUCCCCUGCAAGGGAAUCUCCGGAUCAGAACUGUGUGUCUCCUGAGGUAUUUCCAGUUUGUGCGGUUACCCGCGCAGCCUCUCGUAAGGAGAUUGAGAGUAAGCCAGAAAGUCUUGAGUUGCCAGUCAAACUCCAGACAGAACAGUUGACUAGUUCUAGAGAUUCAUUGAUGGCUGAGCAAAAAGCCGAUACUACUUUUGCUGAUCUGUUUGAUAAAGUGGUUCCUGAUUCAGUGGUGAGGAAUAGUGCUCAGUGUUAUUUUCUUCUUGAAGGGCUGUUGGUCAGGAAAUGGGUUCCACACUAUGAUAAGGGUGUAAGAGAACCAGUCUUUCAAAUAGUUGUACCUACUACUUUGCGAAAUAAAGUGUUGCAAACUUCACAUGGUGAUGUGGCAGGUCAUAUGGGUGUUCGUAAAACGUAUGAUCGUAUACUUCGUUAUUUUUUCUGGCCACGUUUAAAGCGGGAUGUAUCUCAGUUUAUUAAAACUUGUCAUACGUGUCAGUGUACAAGUAAGCCAAACCAGGUCUUACAAGGUCGGUUGAAAAACUCCCAGACUUUGCAAAACCUUGGGGUUUUGGUAGAUCAUUUAGACUCUGAGAAACGUGAUGAAUUGGUAGCUCUUAUUAGAAACUACCCUGUUUUGUUUUCUGACACUCCAUCGCAAACCCACUUAAUUGAACAUGAUAUAGACAUCGGAGAUGCUAAGCCUAUCAAACACAGAUUUGAUCGUGUAUCUGAGGAGAAGAGACUAAAACUGGAAACAGAGAUGCAGUCUGUUGGACACAGGUAUUGAUUUGGCAAAAUGUGAGUUUGCCAAAGCUACAGUCACAUACCUAGGCAAGGUUGUUGGUCAGGGAUUUGUCUGUCCCGUAGAAGCCAAGGUUCAGGCUGUGAAGCAGUUCCCACAGCCCUCUACAAAGAAAGAACUGAUGCGCUUCCUGGGAAUGGCGGGGUACUACCGUGCUUUUUGUAAAAACUUUUCGGUAGUAGUGUCCCCACUGACCAAUCUGUUGAAGGCCAAGGCUGAAUUUAUCUGGUCCACCCAGUGUCAAGAGGCAUUUGAUGCAGUUAAGACUCUUUUGUGUUUGGCACCUGUGUUGGCAGCACCAAAUUUUGGGAAACCUUUCAAAUUGCAGGUAGACGCCAGUCAAAUCGGUGCUGGGGCUGUGCUUCUCCAGGAGAAUGACGACAAGGUUGAGUGUCCAGUCAGUUUCUUCUCCCGAAAAUUUAAUAAGUAUCAGAAAAACUAUUCUGUAAUUGAAAAGGAGGCUUUAGGUCUCAGUUGGGCUUUACAGCACUUCGAGGUCUAUGUUGGUUCUGGUUUGACCCCUUUAACUGUGUUCACUGACCACAACCCACUUGUUUUUCUGAGGUCCCUGCAAAACCCAAACCAGCGCCUGAUGCGUUGGGCUUUGUUCUUGCAACCUUUCAACCUUGAUAUUAGACACAUUAGUGGUAAGGAUAAUAUCAUUGCUGAUGCUCUGUCCCGUGCUCCUUUAACCUAGCUUGUAUCUCUUCUCUGCUGACCCUACGGGCUGUCUGCGCCUCUUUCCUCUUAAAUUGCUCCCCAGGUACCAGGGCUGCUGAGUUUGAGGGGCGGACAGUCAGCUGGGGGACACGGGGCUACUGCUAGGAGCCGGGAUUGGUAUUUUUGUUUAUUUGUUUUUUGGGAAAUUUGAAUUAUUUUGAAUAUGUUGGAGGAAGUUGGGUUGAGGGUGGGACCCUCAUUUUAAGGAGGGGGGUGUCACGGCUCCUCCUCUGCAGUGCAGGGGGCGGUUCCUCCUGCAGGCAGAGGAGGGUCGUUAAGUGAUUGGAGCCACCUGGGCUCAGGGUAUAAAACUGCUUACUAAUCACCUCUCUCUUGUCUUGCUCUCUCUCUCUGCUCCUCCAGGUAUGCUCAUGAUUUGUUUGUUCCUUUUUAGUUUUGCAUAGUUUUCACUCAGUCAUGUUCACACACACAUAUUCAUGCACCCAUGCACUUUACAUACACCUUACAUUAUGAUACAUCCACACCUCAUUCCUUUUUCUUAGUUUAAGUUCAUAGUUUGUUUAAUAAUAAAGAACACUUAAAUUGGCCUAUA